UUCCCACGGGCAUCACUCCCUACUUGUCCACCUCACAUAAAUCAAAAAAGGCUCCACACUUCAUCAACACACACACACACAGAGCCUAUAGCGACCACAACCCAACUCUCGUCACUAAUGUCAUCAACAGCAAAUCUCAGCAAGCGAACCACCGUCAACCGCCCCCUCACUAACGGCGACGGUUGGGGAAUGGGUUUCUUACUCAUCUUCUUCCCACACCAACACGAACUCAGCAACUCAACACAACCGUUCAAACCCCCCACCGUCUUAAAACGCUCAAACUCCACCAACAUCGUCGCUAAAGCUCAAUCCACAAUCUCCGUGUGUGCUCUCGUUCUUGUCUUCACUCUCCUUCUCUUCACACUCUCCACUUUCGAACCCACCAAUACGAUGUCGUCUCAUCUCUCCCGCCGACACCUCUCCCAUUCCUUAAAAAAAACUCAACUGAAUUCGCCGGCAUUGCAAGGGUUGGGUACUUUGUAUUCACGCGGUACUAAAGCAAUGAACGACGUCGUUCUCUGUCACGUGCCGGAGUCCGUGACUUUAUCGGAAAUUAAAUCGUUUAUACGCGCGUUUCAUAUCUCCGCUCUGUUAUCUAAAUCCGAUCUUGUAUUCAUAUUCCCCUCGAUGACGUCACCCGAGUUUUAUGAUAGUUUUAUUCGCGACGAGUUUCGGGUGUUUGUAAAACUCAUUCGUCGGUAUAAAUCGGAAUUGAGUAAUGUGACGACACAUGCUUCCGAUUUUCCGGCUAGUUUUGACGUGGGUCAGUUUGUGAGACCCGGGAAGGCGUCGGACCGGGAGCCGAUAUGGGGUCGGAAAAUUAAAAGUGGCGUGAGUUCAAAUUCUAGUAACAGUAGUGCGAGUGAGUUGACUCGGACGAGUUAUGGAUCGGUGGUGGGGUUCGGUGUCGGUGAGCUUGACCCGGAAAACGCGUUAUCCGGGUUCAUGGAGCACGUUCCAAUGGGUCUAAGAAGGUGGGCGACGUACCCGAUGCUUUUGGGGAGGGUUCGUAGAAACUUUAAGCACGUGGUGUUAGUUGACGUGAAGGAGGUUUUACUAGUGGGAGACCCACUCGCCCGAGUUAGAAACGGUAGCCCGGAGACAGUUUUUUUGUCAUCUAUGCCGCCCAGUAAACACCACCGUAAAUCCACCGACAGGACUGUUAAUCCGUCGGUGGUUUUCGGUGGUGCUCGGGGUGUGCGGCGGUUAUCCACCGCAAUGCUGACGGAUAUCGUUAGAGCGACGACUCACAAUAAGUGGAAGAGUCCUGUUACCGAGUCAGCUCUUUUGAGUCGACUCGUGGUGAGUGAAGUUGUCAACAAGAACAUUCAGUUUGUUGCCUCGGCUGAGUCGGUGGUACCGGAAGCAAGUUCACUCGGUGGAGUGGCAUUAGCAAAUUAUACGGUUGUGCGGCGUGGAAAUAGUAAUAUAGAUAUUGAAUUAACGAAGCAUAUUUGUUCGUUUACUAUAGAGGCUUCGGUUUACACGGAUUGUAGAAACGUACAACCUUUUUAGCGUAUAGUAUUUACCUUUAGAUUUUAUUUUACAAGGUUCUACUACCUUUGUUCAUACCAUUUUUGUAAUGUAAUUAAUUAAUUGUUUGCUAUAUAAUAAAAUUGUUUUGGAAUUUUCUCCUGGA